AUGUGUGCUCCUUUUUUAAUGGAUAUGAUGUGCCUUUAUGUAUGUAUUUUAUUAUUUUUAAUUAUAAAUUGCCCUUUUUAUUAUAAAUUAAAAUUUUCUAUAGACACAUUGGCUAAGAUUAAUAUAACUAAAUAA